AGAGAGUUUAAAGAUGGCGGCGCACAGACGGGACAGAUUUGUGUAGCCUGCCGUGAAUGAAACCGGUGUCAGUAAAAAAAAUAUAUAUAUAUUUUCCGAAUCAGACAGUGAUAAUGUUUCACAUUUUGCGCUGCGAUCGAUUAAUCCAAGGCUCGAAUCUGUUCCUGCGGUAUAAUGUGACCAAAUCAAGGGACGUGUUGCUGCAUUCCAGCCGAUAUAGACAAUGCUCACGACAAUGGACCAUUUCUCAGUCCUCCACCAGCGCAGUCAUCCGGAUGUGGACCCAGGCUCAAAAAGCACUCCGACUUGUGACGCGGCAUCGGCUCAAGUCACCAAGAGCGACCUUGACGUUUGUGGUGGGACCGGCCGCUCUCACGCUUACAGCAAGACUGUUUGGCUCUGUGGCUUACUGCAGCACCGAUUUCAACAACAACCACCUUCCUGCAGAGGCUCAAGAGAAGAUCCCGGAAUUCAGCUGGGCGCUCCUCUGGGAGUUCAUCCGGCCGCAGAUCCUCGCGCUAAUUGGCGCCAUAGUUCUUGCGUUCGGAGCAGCAGCUCUUAACAUCCAGAUUCCGCUGAUGCUCGGCAAUCUAGUCAACGUCGUCGCUCAGUACAUGAGGGAACGCGUGGGAAAUUACAUGAGGGACAUUCGCGCACCUGCGCUCAAGCUUCUUGGCCUGUACGGCCUCCAGGGUCUACUGACCACCGGUUACAUCAUCCUCCUGUCUCGGGUUGGAGAAAGCGUCACUGCCGAGAUGAGGAAAUCGCUCUUUGCGUCAUUGCUAAGACAGGACGUUGCGUUCUUCGAUGCCAAUAAGACGGGACAGCUCGUGAACCGUCUCACUGCUGACAUUCAGGAGUUCAAGUCUUCAUUCAAGCUGGUUAUCUCUCAGGGUUUACGGAGCGUCACGCAGACCGUCGGCUGCUUCCUGUCGCUCUAUGUGAUCUCCCCGAAGCUGACGGGACUGAUGGUGGUGGUGCUGCCGUGUCUCGUCGGUGCCGGCGCCCUCAUCGGCUCCUUUCUGCGCAAGCUUUCUCGAAAAGCCCAGGAACAGGUAUCUAAAGCUACCGGCGUCGCCGAUGAGGCUCUUGGGAACGUGAGAACGGUGAGGGCCUUCGCCAUGGAGGACCGAGAACUCGAGACGUACGCCACAGAAGUGGAGAAAUCCGCCAUGAUGAACGAAGCUUUAGGAAGAGGAAUCGCAGUGUUCCAGGGACUUUCCAACAUCGUAUUGAACUGUUUAGUUCUGGGCACGAUUUUUGCCGGUGGAUCCUUAAUGGUGCAAAACGACAUGACCCCAGGUGACCUCAUGUCAUUUCUGGUCGCCUCGCAGACAGUUCAAAGAUCCCUGGCCAGCAUCUCUAUUCUGUUCGGGCAGAUGGUGAGAGGGAUGAGUGCAGGAGCCCGGGUUUUCGAGUACAUGACCUUGGAACCUACGAUUUCCCUAACGGGCGGGAGACGGAUUCCACGCGAAUCUCUGAUGGGAAGAGUUGACUUCCUGAACGUCGACUUCAGUUACCCAACAAGACCUGGCAACCAGAUCCUGAAGAACCUCAGCCUGACUCUACCUCCAUGUAAAACGGUGGCGAUAGUUGGAGAAUCCGGUGGAGGGAAAUCCACCGUGGCGGCGCUGCUCGAGCGAUUCUACGACCCGAGCAGCGGAGCGGUCAUGCUGGACGGUCAGGACAUCAGUACGCUGGACCCCUCAUGGCUCAGGGGUCACGUGAUUGGAUUCAUCAGUCAGGAGCCGGUUCUGUUCGGCACCUCGGUGAUGGAGAAUAUCCGAUUCGGGAAGCCAAGUGCCACGGACGCUGAAGUGAUGGCUGCAGCCAAGCAAGCUAACGCCCACACCUUCAUCACCAACUUCCCCGACGGCUACGACACCGUCGUGGGCGAGCGAGGCGUGACCCUGUCAGGUGGCCAGAAGCAGAGGAUCGCCAUCGCUCGUGCUCUUGUGAAGAACCCCAGCGUGCUGAUUCUGGACGAGGCCACGAGCGCGCUGGACGCCGAGUCGGAACGCGUGGUGCAGGAGGCGCUGGACCGAGCCACAGAGGGACGCACCGUGCUCAUCAUCGCCCACCGACUCAGUACCAUCCAGGGCGCGGACCUUAUCUGCGUCAUGAGCAGAGGCAGAGUGGUGGAGGCUGGAACUCACCUGGAGUUGCUGAGAAGAGGAGGUCUGUACGCCGAGCUGAUCCAAAGACAGCGAGCUCACGACCAGAAGUGAAGCCUUGAGCCAAGAAAGUGCAGCAGAUCAGCGUUCCCUGGACGGAAAUGAUAAUGAUAUUACGUGAAAACUGUAUCCUAGUGACCAUCGUGUCACGCUUUUCUAAUUCUAAAGAGAUGAUCGAUUUGUAAAGAUUGGCCCGCGUUCGAUUUGAUGAGCUGUUCGAGCUCAUGUCUCCAAACUGAAAAUAUUUUAACGGAUAUAUAUUUAUUUUUUAAAUCUAAUAUUUAAAAGUAUUGAUCACGUCCAUGUUGUGUGUAUCGUAAAUUUUUAACUUGUAAAAAAUAAAGAAUAUGAAUAAACGCUGGAACAGAGA